CCAAGAGCUUUUAUGAAAUUCUUCUUCUCUAGCAAGUGGCCAACGACCGAAAAAUUUAUCAAAAACUUUCAUGUCAAUGAUACCUGUUUCUUGUCGACCAAAGAAUUCUCCAAAAUGAAGUACCGAAAAUUCUUUUCAGUUCCAAUCUUUGCUGUGUUUCUCUUGAUUGGUUUUGUUUAUUGUAUGACAGUUUUCAUUUUCAUUGAAGAUUGGGUUGGUUUGCAGAGCUCAGUUGGGUCUCUAAAUGCCAUGAUCUUCUCUUUCUUGGCUUCUCUUUGUCUCUUCUCUUUCUUUGUCGGUGUCCUUACUGACCCAGGUCACAUUCCCUUUUCUUAUCUCCCUGAUGUUGAAGAUAGUUCUGUCUCAGAUCAAGAAUCCAAGAAAAAUGGUAUACAAUCAAAAUACUGUAACAAGUGUGCUGCAUAUAAACCUCCCAGGGCUCAUCACUGCCGGGUUUGCAGAAGAUGCAUACUAAUGAUGGACCAUCAUUGCCUGUGGAUAAAUAAUUGUGUUGGUUAUUGGAACUAUAAAGCUUUCUUCACUCUUAUACUUUAUGCAACCAUGAGUAGCAUCCACUCCACAGUAAUUGUAAUAAGCUGUUCAUGUCAGAAGGACUGGAAUUACAGAGCAACUCCCCUCAAAAUUUUUUAUGUUGCUUGUGGAGCAAUGAUGCUUGCAUUAUGUGCAACACUUGGGACUUUCUUAGGUUGGCAUAUCUACCUUAUAACUCACAAUAUGACAACCAUAGAGUAUUAUGAAGGAGCACGAGCUGCAUGGUUGGCAAAGAAAUCCGGGCAGAGCUAUCGUCAUCCAUUUGAUCAUAGUGUUUACAAAAAUGUUACCUUGGUAUUGGGUCCUAACGCGCUGAGAUGGUUAUGGCCGACAUCAAUUAGCCAUCUAAAAGAUGGAGUCAGCUUCCCUACUUCAUGUGAUGGUUCUUAGAUAUUUUCCGUUUAUACUCAGGCCGUUGCAGGAUUAGUUCCAUUCCAUACUUGUUGAUUACAUGAUGAAGAUUUUGCAUUCUGUUUAUAUUAUCACAUUUGUUUCCGGAGGAGCAAGGAUAGCUUCGAUGAGUUGUUGGCCUAACUAGGUAAAGUGGUCAACCAUAGUCGCCCGCAUUGCCGUGUUUGCUUUGCUGAGCCAGAUAAUACUAGCUUGUUCUUUUACUUUUCUUUUUUUAAAUUAUUUUCUACUUCCCUUUCUACAGGAAUUUUGUACAUCAAACUGUCACAUAAUACACUAGGCAGUUCAUAUGGGCUACAAGUUGAAUGUAAUUUAUGAGAUAA